AUUUUUUCCAGAAUGGAUUUGUAGUGAACAGCUAAUUAUAGUACUGCAUUCUUGUCUUUGCGUAGUACAAGUCAACACAUGUACUGCAAAAAUACACAACCACUAUAAAUUAAUCUUUCCCACAAUGCCAUAAUUAACUGAAAAAUCUCACCGCUAAUUCCAACUAAACAGUUUCAUGGCCUCUUUCAAGUCAACUUUGUUGGUCGCGCUCGUCUUUCUCCUCCUCCAAUUCUCCGAGAUCAGAGGCCACGGCGGCGGCGGCGACGACCACGACGGCGAUGCGGAGAAGGGGAAUUUGCACGGAAAGGGGCUGAUUCUGGUUAAGGUUUGGUGUCUGAUAAUCAUGUUCGUGAGCACAUUCGCCGGCGGCGUGUCGCCGUAUUUCUACCGAUGGAACGAGAGCUUUCUUCUUCUGGGGACUCAGUUCGCCGGCGGCGUAUUCUUGGGAACUGCUCUCAUGCAUUUCUUGAGCGAUUCCACCUCCACUUUUGGAGACCUUACCACUAAAGAGUAUCCCUUCUCAUUCAUGCUCGCCUCCGCUGGUUAUCUUCUCACUAUGCUGGCUGACUGUGCCAUCUCGUAUAUAGUCAACGCCGGCGCCAAGGAGGAGGAGGAGGAGGAGAUCCACCCGGUUUUUGUCAAGACUGCUUCGCUUGGUGACACCAUUCUUCUUAUACUUGCAUUGUGCUUCCACUCCAUUUUUGAGGGCAUUGCUGUUGGAGUUGCAGAUACGAAAGCAGACGCAUGGAGAAAUCUAUGGACGAUUUCACUCCACAAGAUCUUCGCUGCAGUUGCAAUGGGGAUUGCACUUCUAAGGAUGAUCCCAAAGAGGCCAUUUUUAGCAACUGUGGCCUACUCCUUCGCCUUCGCCAUUUCAAGCCCAGUGGGGGUCGGGAUAGGCAUCGCCCUUGAUGCCACGAGCCAAGGCCGCGGUGCUGACUGGACCUACGCUAUCUCAAUGGGCAUCGCCUGUGGAGUUUUUGUGUACGUAGCCAUCAACCAUUUGAUAGCCAAAGGCUUCAAACCUCAGAACAAGUGCUACUUUGAUACGCCCUUCUUCAAGUUCUUUGCUGUGUUACUAGGCGGCGGAGUAAUAUCAGUUGUAAUGAUAUGGGAUUAGUCAUUUUCUACCUAUAUAUAUGUUGUCAAACCAUUCAAAUCUAUGUGUAUUUUUUCUUACGUUCUUAUUGCCAACAUAUAAUGUCUCUAGCUAGUUGCUCCAAAAAUGAGUUUUUGUGUAUAGUAGAGGAGUCUGCAGGUACAAGAUCUAUAGUUGGUGUAACUACCAAAAAAAAAAAAAAAAAACUCAUAGUCUUGUACAUUACUAGUACUUUGUAAUGAUUAUAUGAUCAUCCAUGAUUCCACUUGCAACCUUAAUAAAUUAAUACUAUUUGAUUUUUCGUUUUGUACGAA